ACCGAAACAAGACGUGGUGCGUGCCGUCAUGCUAUAUACAAUGUCGCGUACGCGAACGGUCAUCGUGACAAUUUCUUAAAAUAGCGCGGGGUGCAAGCUCGCGGGUCGGAAAAUCGGUAUGGAGAUUCGCGGCGGGUGGAGUUUCGUGUCGAUCGUCGAAACGUAGCCGACGGUAGCGGAAGUAGAGAACGAGCAAGAAAGACGGGAAAAGAAAUAAAAAAAAAAGAAAGCGGAACGAGACGGAGGAAAGCAGUUUCGAGCGAUGAGUUGUUGAUCAUAAUCGUAAAAAAGGGAGUCGCGACGAACGUGGAAUUGAAACGACGGCAGCAGUUAUGCGGUGAACGGAGAACAUUUUUACGACCGGACCGCUGGCUGCGCGAGAUCUCGAGCGAUCUCGGAGUAGAGCGACGGAACAAAGAAGAGCGGCUCGGAGAUUUCGCGUUCCUUGGUGAAUCGCGAUCGAUCGAUCGAUCGCUUCUCGAACGAUCUGGCGGGAUGCAGUGUCGAUCGCCGGUGCUUUAUCCUUGUGUCUGAAAGAUUGUUGAAAGAUUCUUGAACAAAGUGAAAAAAAAGAAAGAAACAGAUGUGUUCUCGGAACAAUCGCGUCUCGCUAUGUGUUCUGUAACUCUACGACAAUCUUCGAUUCCUAGGACACUGCCAACGCGGACCGCGCGCGUACGCGCGACGAAAGUUGGGACCGCCCUAUGAGGCGAUUCCCUGACUCGCAGCCCUGAAAAAUCCCCGAAAUCGUCGCGCGAGACGUGAAGUUCCUCCUCACCUCAAGUUCGUCCGAGGCGCUUAACACACGACUCUUUUAACCGGAAGAUUUAAACCGUCGAGUGAAGGAGCGCGAAGAUUUUAACGAAGACUCCGCGGGAGAGCGGAGCAGACGAGGAGGAUAUAGGUGGAAAGUUUCGCAGCACGCGGCACGUUGCCCGUCGAAAGUUUCGCCAUAAUCAUUUCCGUGCGCGUUAUCGCCUACGUGGCGACUACAGGAAAUAGACGACACACCAAAGUGCGGAGAAUUGUGCGGGUCGAAUAUAUACGCGUCGUUUCUCACGGGAAAUCUGACGCGGACCAUCACUCGUCACGAUAAUUUAUUUUUUUCAAGUAGAUUGAAACCUUCCGGACUAAAUCGCGACUGAAUCGCGAUUAUAGACCGCCGGUUGUCUCGUUUCAAUCGCGGAUACGGCUGUGCGAGAUCGUGUGCUAAUAAUCGGGCGUAAGAGCCAAAGCAAGUCGGCGGUGAUAAGACCUGGUGUCGCCUGGUGGGGUAUAUCAGUGAGUGGUGAUAGUUAGCGAUCUCGCUAAGGAGGAUGUGAAUCGUUUCAGUAUCAAAGUGCAAGCGUCUCCCGAAACAGUCGCGGAAAUGGCUCUGAGAUGGCAAGCGAGGCUCUCAAUUGCUGCCAUACUCUUCAUGUGCACGGAAGAUACGCUGAGUCUAGGAGAUCGGCCGAUAGAUAACAUGGAUAGACACGCGAUUCAGACCAGACCUCGGCAACAAAUGCUGGAUCAUUCUUCCGGCCCGAAGUCGAAACCGGAACCCACCUUCGACUUCACGCAGAACACCAACGUGACGGCCCUGAUUGGAAAAACUGCAUACCUCACGUGCCGAGUUCGCAAUCUAGGCGACAAGACUGUAUCCUGGGUCAGGCAUAGAGACAUCCACAUUCUGACUGCGGGAGCGUAUACGUACACAAGUGACCAGCGAUUUCAAGCGUUACACAGACAAAACACGGGCCACAGCAACGAAUGGUCCGAAUGGACCCUCUGCAUAAAGUGGGCGCAGGAGCGAGACCAGGGAAUCUAUGAAUGUCAGAUUUCCACCAUACCUAUCAAGUCGUAUCAAUUUCGCUUGAAUGUCGUUGUACCUACGGCGACGAUACUGGGCGGCCCCGAGUUGUAUGUCGGUGCGGGCAGCACGAUAAACCUGACGUGUGCCAUACGCUUCAGUUCGGAGCCACCAGCCUUCAUCUUCUGGUACUACAAUGAGAAAGUCCUGAGUUACGACAGUCCCAGGGGCGGCGUCUCCGUGAUAACCGAGAAGGGUGGCGACGUUACCACCUCCUGGCUUCUCAUUCAGACGGCGCAGCCCUCGGACUCCGGGGAGUACAGCUGCAAGCCCAGCAACGCCAAUACGGCGUCUAUCAGGGUUCAUGUCCUAAAUGGCGAGCGACCGGAAGCGAUGCAGACCGGGACCGCGGGGCCGAUACUGUCCUCAAGUUGUCUAUUGGUGUCCCUCAUCAUUUUGUACAUAUCCUCGGUGUAAACGAAAACGAAAGGCGUCAACGGCCGAAGAUCACAACCGUCGCGGUACGUUCCUCUUACGUCUACGCGAGCGCGCUUCCACGCGUGCGUGUUCCGUUCGACAAACGUGAUCGCGGGACGACCGCAAGUUUGUACGGGACAUAAAAGGAUUUCGUGAAUGACUGAAGUAGAGCGUGUUCAGUUGGCACGUCGCAACAUAAUUCACGAUGCUUUUAUGAGAGGAGGGAAAACUGCCAAUCAAGGAAAAAUAGCGAUUUCUCUUGUAAGUAGCAGCUGUCGGUUAAUUGAUUAUUGCUCCUUACAAAAAGCAUGGUGAAUUAUAGUCUAUUAGCGACACGCCGGAUUACAUGGUACGUUAUACUGUGUAACAAAAGAAUGCGAAGCACAAACCUUCACGAAUACACGUUCCCGUGUGAAUCUGAUCCUUCUCUUCUCUGACAUUAGACGGGACGAUGGGUAUUGAGUUGUUGCUCAGCGAUCCUGUUAAGAAAAUGAAGAACACUUACUUCGUGCGCCACCGAUUAUCAACGCCUCGUGCCGAUGUGCGUCGAAAAUCAAGACGAAGAACUCGAUAGUGCGCGGUACUUUCGUCGCGUGCAUUUCGGCCGCGAUGGAAUCGCACGACGCGUUUCCUCGCGCUCGGAGGGGGAGUUACAUCUUUCGGUAAGAAAGGGGCACUUAAUUAAGCGAACGUCGAUGCUAAUGCCGGAAGUGCGGGUGCUUCGCGGUAGAUCUGGCGCGCGAAAUCCUUGCCCUCCUUCCCCACAAAACGAGGAAAAGGCCGACGAGAGGUCGGGGGGGGGAGGGGUCACCAGAUAAUCCAGGUAAUCCCUAUCGCGAGAAACCGAUUUACGAGAAGCGUUAAGGCGUGGAGCGAUUGCUUUACGGUUUACGGUUUACGAGCAGUCGAAUCUUGGGGAAUGCAAGCUACGUGGAUGGGAUUCAAUGGAAAAUAAAACGUGACUGGAAUGCUCGAUCUCGGCAAUUUUCCGUAUAUUUCAUAAAAUUGCCGUGCGAUAAUCGGCUGCGCGUUCACAUUAUCCUCGCUCCGAUGCUAUCUUCAGUCCUGGCGACGUUUCUCAGGAUAAAUUUCAUCGCGACUCGCCGACUUGGCAACUCGGACAUCGUUCUCUCUCCGCGAUUAGUUUUAUAUUGCGUUUGGAAAUAUCUCGGAUUUUGACACUUUUCCAAACUCGCGCAUUUUAGUGUUGUAAAUUUUGUAGCCACUCUGUAGGAUUUUGCAUUAGUAGGUGAUUUAAGAAUCAAUCGGUUUUAUAUAGAUAUGUUCUCUCUAGUAACAACUUUUUGACGUUUGUAAAAAGGUUUUCAUAUUCUGACAUUUAAUUUGUUUUCUACUCUCUAAUAGCACUUGCAGAGAUUUAUAUUAUAUCGAAUAAUAAAUAAAUACUUCUUUUUAACAAAAACGUACAUUAACAUUUAUUCAGAAA